GGGCGGAAGAAGGGGCGGUGGGUGGGGCGGUAGGCGGGGCGAGGCACUGCUACGUAGUAGACUUGGGGGCGGGGUUACGUGACGUCGCGGGGCAGCGUCAUCAUAACUCUGGACGCGUGCGAAGCAGGCGGCAGCCCUUUUACCUUGCUCUCUUCAUCGUCGUCGUGAUCCAAGCGAUAACACUCGAAGAGAGAAGCCGUGAAAUCUAAGCAGCACAGCAACGCUACUCUGAAAAUCAACGCCAUGGCGACGAGCGAAAAUGAACCGAGCAGGAGUCAGCCUACGUCUGCCAAUAUGUGGAGUGCGCUGACCUCUGGUAGCGCAAUAAUUCGCAGCAAAUCACCUGAAGCGAUCCUGGCUCUCUUCGAGCCUCACCUCACCGAGCGCCAGAAGCUUGAACUCACCACGAUGGACGAGAUCUGGUACUUUACUCUGGACGAUGGCGAGGAUGAAACGUCGCGAGGCGGCAUCUGGAACCAUGGCUACGAUGACCAAGAGCACAACUACAUUCCUGUCAUGCACGAGCACUUCAACUACCGAUUUGAGCUGGGAAGGAAGAUCGGGCAGGGCGGGCAGGGCGUGGUCGUGCAGUGUCUCGACCACAAGACGCAGACUCUGGUGGCGCUCAAGAUCCUCGCCUCUCCCACCAAGUGAGUGGUACCCUGGGGCAGCUGUGCAGUCAACAAACCAAGAACAAAAACAAACAACAAUACAGAGAUUAUGAGGCUGCUCCUGGCUGUGAAGUCACAGCAGCAGCGGCAGCAGCAACAAACUAGGGCUGAACGUCCU